AUUUUUUCCUAAACCAGAACUGGUCAUUACUUGUGGUCAUGAAAAUAGUUCAUACAAAAACGCAUUUUUUGUGGAUGUUUUUUCCUUUUUUGCAUCUUCCCCUGGGACGCCGCGCACUCUCAACCUAAGAGGGUCACCGAAAACCGCAGAGAAGCAAAAUUUGGGCGACCAUGGCAUCCAACAGCCUCUUUAGUUCUAUGACCCCAUGUCAGCAGAACUUCUUCUGGGAUCCCAGCGCCGGCCGGAGGUUCAGUCCGCCGGUGUCGGUGAAGAUGAAUGAUGUGACCCCGAGCGCAGGGCAGCAGCAGCAGCAGGACAGCGUGGUGGUGCCAAGACUCCGCGCGCAAGAGAACCGCUCCAUGGCCGAGAUCAUCGCCGACCACUCCGCCGAACUGGUGCGGACCGACAGUCCAAACUUUCUCUGCUCGGUUUUGCCUUCUCAUUGGAGGUGUAAUAAAACGCUACCUGUUGCGUUUAAGGUGGUGGCCCUGGGAGAGGUUCCUGAUGGGACGGUGGUCACAGUAAUGGCUGGGAAUGAUGAGAAUUAUUCAGCUGAGCUCAGGAAUGCUUCAGGUGUUAUGAAGAACCAGGUGGCCCGCUUCAACGAUUUGCGCUUUGUGGGCCGAAGCGGAAGAGGGAAGAGCUUCAGCCUGACGAUUACAGUAUUCACAAACCCACCGCAAGUGGCCACUUACCACAGAGCCAUUAAGGUCACGGUGGACGGACCGCGGGAGCCCAGGAGGCACAGGCCGAAGCUGGAUGACUCACCGAAGGCCGGACUGUUCUCUGACCGUCUCAGUGAACUGGAGCGUAUCCGGCAGACCACCAUGCGGGUUACCAUGCCAACACAAACGCCACGGCCCUCACUUAGCAGCCCCAACUCCUUCACACCUCAGGGGCAGACGCAGAUAACAGAAGAAAGAAAAUCAUACAGGUUUGAACCAACAUAUCCACGCCAGGCUCAAUCUUCCCCACCUUGGUCAUAUGACCAGACGUACCCAUCGUACCUGAGUCCCAUGGCCUCCCCGUCCGUGCACUCCACCACCCCACUCUCAUCCAGCCGGGCCACAGGGCUGCCGUCCAUCAGCGAUGUGCCCAGACGCCUCCCAGGUUCAACAGAUUUGAGUCCUUUUCCUGGCCAGUUUGAGCGUCAGUUCCCCGCUUUCUCCUCACUCACCGAGAGCCGAUUUUCCAGUCCUAGAAUGCACUACCCAGCCACCUUCACGUACACGCCCACCCCCGUCACCAACGGAAUGUCCCUCGGCAGCGCUCACUAUCAUACCUACCUUCCCCCGCCGUACCCCGGCUCCACCCAGAGCCAAAGCGGACCCUUCCAGAGCAGCAGCACACCUUAUCUCUACUACGGCGCCUCCUCGGGCUCCUACCAGUUCUCUAUGGUUCCAGGAGGAGACCGAUCGCCCACCCGGAUGAUGCCGCCUUGUACUAACGCGUCCACGGGAACCAGCCUGGUCAACCCAAACCUCCCGGUCCAGGCUGAUGGAAGUGGGGGGGUGGAGGGAGACGGUAGUCAUAGCAACUCCCCCACUCUGCUUCAUCCUGCUGGUAGAAUGGACGAAGGCGUGUGGCGGCCAUAUUGAUCAGACAGUUACGUGAGUGUGGAUGCUCCAAAAGAACGGCAUGGUUUUAAAGCACAAACCUUACUAGGAUGUUCAUCCUGUCUCGCUGAGCUACUUUCCCUUGCUAACAUGAGUAUUUAUGAGCCUGUUGAAAGGGAAGUAUUUUUUACAUUGGACUUUGUUGUUGUAAUACAUUAUUCUGGACCUUUUGACCUCUGGGAAUCAUUGUCAUAGGCGGGAUUAUUUGGAAUUGAAGGAAUAGAGAUGGAUCGAGUAUUUCAUUAGCAUUUUGUUAUUAUUUACUUGUCUUGGCAUGUUUUUAAUAUAUCAUUUAAAGCACUG